AUGGGUCGCAAGCAGCGCAGCGAUGACGAGACGACGCGGCUCUCGAGGAAGAUGUCCGCGAUACUGCGCCACCGCAUCGCCGAGAACGGCCUGAGCGGCGUGCUCCGUCCGGACGGCUACGUCCCGCUCGACAAGCUGCUGGCGACGAAUGGCUUCGCCGGCGCGGGCGUGACCGCCGAGCAGGUGCGCGUGGUGGUGGAGACCAACGACAAGCAGCGGUUCAGCAUGAUGGAGGAGGACGGCGUCACGUACAUCCGCGCCAACCAGGGCCACACAAGCACAGGUGUGGAAGCGGAGGCGCUGCUCGACCGUCUCGACGAAGCGGCGGCGCAGCGGCUCGGAGGCGGGCAGGGGCUGGCCGUCCAUGGCACCUACUACGGCGCGUGGUCGUCCAUCGUCUCAUCGGGCGGGCUCAGCCGCAUGACGCGCCACCACAUCCACCUCGCCGAGGGCCUGCCCGGCGAGGCGGGCGUCAUCUCGGGCAUGCGCAAGUCUGCAGAGGUGUUUGUGUGGGUCGACGUGCUCCGAGCGAUGCGCAUGGGCGUAACGUUCUACCUCUCGCAGAACCGUGUGGUGCUCACGCCGGGCCGGGAGGUGGACGGCUUGCUGCCACUCGAGGCGUUUGCAAGCGUCGUUGACCACUCGGGUCGAGUAUGGCGCGACGGAGGGUGGCACGCCGCCGACUCAUAGAGUACGUGUACGUGUCUCGUAAGCCAGCGGCCAGUGCCAAAUAAAAUC